GUUCGGGCUUCAGUGCUGGUUGGUUUUCCUUCAGGUCAGGUCAUGUUCGUGCUCAUCUGCAGAGGAGGGCUUGUGGGGGUUGGUAUCAGGGAUGGGAGGCUCUGAGGCCUGGGGGGCAGCAAAGAGAGAGCUUAGCAGGUCAGAUGUCCAGCGUCUCACCCACUGUGCCUCUCUUGCCUUCCUGCUCUCUCAUUCCUCAGAUGUUACUUCGUCACCUGAAUGGAAAAUGGGUCAGGUCCUGGGGAGGGAGGGGUUGCCCAAGCUGCAGACAGGCUGACGCUGGGCGCCCGCCUGGAGCACAGGGCUCUAAGAUUCCCACUUGUGCUUCUUGGGCUCAUAACCGUCUGGUCCCUUCCCUGCCAUCAGCUCACUGGAGCAGGCAGGUAGCCAAGCCUAGGGACAGAGUGGGCAGAAGGCAGGGGCUUGUGUCCCAGGCGGUAGGUCUCUGCCGCUUCCUGAGCUGGUGUGACCAGUGCCUGUCUUUGCAAUAGCCCCGGCCUCUAACCUGCGCCCCGUGAGCCAGCGGGACCCAACCAAGCUGGGAAGAGGCCCACCAGCUACCAGGCGGCCAGCCAGAGGAGUGGUGACAGCACAGGAGCUCCUGGCUGGGGGGAAGGGAGGAAGGAGGAGAAACAAAGGCGAGUGUGCCUGGCGCCGCCCACCAUGUGUCAGUCAGAGGCACGGCGAGGACCUGAGCUCCGAGCAGCGGCGAAAUGGUUGCACUUCCCCCAGCUGGCUCUGAGGCGGAGGCUGGGACAGCUGAGCUGUAUGUCCAGACCUGCCCUGAAACUGCGCUCCUGGCCCCUGACGGUCCUCUACUACCUCCUGCCCUUCGGUGCCCUCAGACCGCUCAGCCGGGUGGGAUGGAGGCCCGUGAGCAGGGUGGCCCUGUACAAGUCGGUGCCCACGCGCCUGCUGUCGCGGGCCUGGGGCCGCCUCAACCAGGUGGAGCUGCCGCACUGGCUGCGCCGGCCUGUCUAUAGCCUGUACAUCUGGACCUUUGGGGUGAACAUGAAGGAGGCCGCCGUGGAGGACCUGCACCACUACCGCAACCUUAGCGAGUUCUUCCGGCGCAAGCUGAAGCCGCAGGCCCGGCCUGUCUGUGGCUUGCACAGCGUGAUCAGCCCCUCAGAUGGGAAGAUCCUGAACUUCGGGCAGGUGAAGAACUGCGAGGUGGAGCAGGUCAAGGGGGUCACCUACUCGCUGGAGUCGUUCCUGGGUCCACGUACUUCCACAGAUGAUCUGUCCUUUCCACCAGCACCCCCCUGCGGCUCCUUCAGGAACCAGCUGGUCACUAGAGAAGGGAAUGAGCUUUACCACUGUGUCAUCUACCUGGCCCCCGGGGACUACCACUGCUUCCACUCCCCCACUGACUGGACCGUUUCCCACCGGCGCCAUUUCCCAGGCUCCCUGAUGUCUGUGAACCCUGGUAUGGCACGCUGGAUCAAAGAGCUCUUCUGCCACAACGAGCGGGUGGUCCUCACUGGGGACUGGAAACACGGCUUCUUCUCGCUGACAGCUGUGGGGGCUACCAAUGUGGGCUCCAUACGCAUCUACUUUGACAGGGACCUGCACACGAAUAGCCCACGCUACAGCAAGGGCUCCUACAAUGACUUCAGCUUCGUGACACACACCAACAAGGAGGGCAUCCCUAUGCGCAAGGGCGAGCACCUGGGCGAGUUCAACCUGGGCUCCACCAUCGUGCUCAUCUUUGAGGCCCCCAAGGACUUCAACUUUAAGCUGAAAGCGGGACAGAAGAUCCGGUUCGGAGAGGCUCUGGGCUCCCUCUAGAGCCUUCUUCCUGACGUCGGCUGCUGAAGGAGCUUUCUCAACAGAAACGGGAGGGUCUUUUUGGGGAGCCUCCAAGGCUGUAUAGGGAGGGGACAGUCUCAGGGCUAUGGAGCCCGACCAGGCGGGACCUGGGUGACUAGUUCCUACCGUCCUGAGGUGUGGGUGAGGUCAGAGCCCUUAUUGGCCCUGGACCUACAUCCUCCCUCUUCCCAUCUAAAGAGAACAUGCAGGUCAAGGUGAUCUCAGAUUCCCUUUUGGAGACUCUUUUUAAUCUGUUGUAUAAACUGGAGACCCUACGUCUCCUGGCUGGGUGUUCAGUUGGUCUUGAUUUCUGUUGUAAGACAGAAGUGGUUGUAUCUGUUCUUGCUGCUCUCAUAAUUGCUUUUCAGCCUCCCCUCUGCCUCCCCUGCACUGACCAGGCUUUGCUGCCCCCAGAGCAGCGCCAUGUGGCCUUUAACACAACCGCUUUCUGUUCCCAAUUCACCCCCCACUUGUUUGGGAAGAGCUUUCUCCUUGCAUUUGUGGCUGUGAACACAUCAUCUUUGACUCCGCCAGCAUCUUCUGAGGGGGACCGAGGGGGUGGCGCUCUACACGCCCCAGUGAGUGACCUUCCAGAGCUGGUGAGACAUCGUUCUAGUAGGCAAGGCCAGUUAUUGAACCCCCACCCCCCGAAUGGGUCCAGAGUGAAUGGACAGGCAGGUAGUGGUGGCCUGGUGUGGGGGGGAUGCCCCCCCCUCCACAUAUCCAGACCCACAGAAACAUGGUAAGUUGCUGCUAUUGAUUCAGGAGCUUGUGUUGGCAGCAGUAGAGCCGUGGUGUGUGUGUGGGGGUGUCAGUGCCUACAACACCUGUCCCCAGGUAACAGGUACACAGUCCUUAGGGAGCCACUGACAGGGGGGGCCGGGGUUCAGGUUUCCCGGGGACGCUGUGAAUUUCUCCUGCAGGAGAAGCCAUUUGAACUCUUUCAACUGUAUCAGUAGCACAGUAUUUUUGUAUGAAAAGUGGGAGACUUCUGAACAGUAAUUCAUUUAAUUGCAACCUUUUGAAAUAAAAAAUAAAACUCAUUGC